AUGUUCGGCCUCAUUAUCUCUGGCCGGCCCGUGGACGCUGCACCACAAGCCAUCACCGAAGCGCAGUAUGCCUUCAGAAUUCCGACUAUACCAUCUUUCAGCCACAUUGUGGUCUUUCUCCUUCCGGGCGUGCAGCUCCCUCCAGGCAUGGCAGCAUCAGUCUAUGUUCAGAUUCCACCUGCACAGGAGUUCAAGCUGUUAGGAGGCAUUGGUCCAGGCAAGGACUCUGCCAUCUUCAAGGUUUCUGGUCUCAAAUCAGCCGGCCCUACCGAUGUCGAUGGCGAUGUCAUGGCAGAUGACACAAUGGCCAACGCUGCGGCUGCUGGAGGGGACAUUGUCGUUGGCAUCUCAAUUGAGCCUGCAGCCCAGGUCGAACAACAACUGGCUCAGCUCAAGGCUGGACAGGCCGACCCUAGCUCUGCUCUGGUCAGGACGAAUGCAAGGACAGGAAGUCCAGCUACGACGAAAGUCCUUGCUCAGAGGAUCAUUGGCAACGCUUUCAACUUUCUGGCUAGCUUUGGAAGCGAUACUGUGCCACUUAAGGCUUUCCAAGACUGGUGGACAAGAUUUGAGAAGAAGGUUGAACUGGACCCAUCGUUUCUGGAGAGGGAAGAAUAG